UUUCCCUCCCUCCUAUAUAAACCCCGCGCCGCCCCUCCUGCUGCAGUCACUCGUCCUCCGGGCCAGCCAUCAUGAGCUUCACGAUGGACCACCACUUCUUCAGCCCGAACUCGUACCGCAAGGCUCGGCCUGCCUCCGCGUCCUCCAGCGGCUUCCACUCCCAGCGCCGCCGCCUCACCUACGGCCAGCCGCCCUCCGCCGACAGCCUGGACAACUUCGGCGGCGACAUGCCGCGGAGGAGCGAGAAGGAGAUCCUGCAGGCGCUGAACGACCGGUUCGCCGGCUACAUCGACAAGGUGCGCAACCUCGAGAUGCACAACCGCAACCUGGAGGCGGAGGCGGCCGCGCUGCGCCAGAGCCAGGCCGGGCGCGCCUCGGUCGGCGAGCACUACGAGCGGGAGCUGGGCGACCUGAGGGGCGUCCUGCAGCAGCUGACCGGGGACAAGGCCCGCGCGGCUCUGGAGCACGAGCACCUGGAGGAGGACAUCCAGCAGCUGCGCGUCAGGCUGGAUGAGGAGGCGAGGAACCGGGAAGAGCUGGAAGCGGCCACUCGCGCCAUGAAGAAGUACGCAGAGGACUGCCUGCUGGCGCGAAUGGAGCUGGACAAGAAACUCCGCGCCCUGGAGGAGGAGGGCGUUUUCCUGAAGAAGAACCACGAAGAGGAGGUGGCGGAGCUCCUCGCUCAGAUUCAGGGCGCCGAGGUGAGCUUCGAUAUGCGGGACCCGCACAAGGCCGACGUCACCAGCGCGCUGCGCGAGAUCCGCGCGCAGCUGGACGGUCACGCAUCCAAGAGCGCGACGCACGCAGAGGAAUGGUUCCAAGUUCGUAUGGAGCGUCUGUCUGAAACUGCAAGGUCUAACCAGGAUGCGAUCCGUGGGUCCCAGGACGAGAUUGCAGGGUACCGCCGCCAGCUCCAGAGCCGCACCAUUGAGCUGGAGACUCUCCGGGGAACCAAGGAGUCACUGGAGAGGCAGCGCAUGGAGAGCGAAGACAGACACCACGAUGACCUCAACUCACUACAGGAGACCAUCAAUCAGUUGGAUAAUGAGCUGAAAACCACCAAAUGGGAGAUGGCCAGCCAGCUGAAAGACUACCAGGACCUGCUGAAUGUUAAGAUGGCUCUAGAUAUUGAGAUAGCUGCUUAUAGGAAGUUACUGGAGGGAGAGGAGAAGCGCUUUGUGUCAGGAGGGGUUCCAUACUCCUACCUGGAGGGGAGGAUCUCUGCCCACCUGAAAAUGAAAGGAGAGGAGAUCUCAGAUACGGUCAUUGUGGAGGAACAGACAGAUGAGACCCAGGUGACAGAGGUCACAGAGGAAGCAGAUGAGGAGGAAAAGAAAGAGGAAGAGGCAGCAGAGGAAGAAGAUGAAAGUGAGGAAACCAAAGAGGAGGAAGGAGAAGGUGAGGAGGGAGAAGAGAAGGUGGAGAAAGGUGACGGAGGGGAAGAGAAGGAGAAAGAGGAUAAAAAAGAGGUUGAAGGGGAUGACGAUGGAGAGGAAGAAGAGGCAGGGGAGGAAGAGAAGUCCAAAUCGCCAGAAAAGCCUGCAUCUCCUCCUUCGAAAUCCCCUCAACCUAAAUCUCCCGUUGUCAAAUCACCAGAAUCUAAAUCUCCACAAAAAUCACCAGAAUCUAAAUCACCAGCACCCAAAUCACCCACUAAGUCGCCUGCAGCCAAAUCCCCAGCAGGAGAUGAGGCAAAGUCGCCUGCAGCCAAAUCCCCAGCAGGAGAUGAGGCAAAGUCGCCUGCAGCCAAAUCCCCAGCAGGAGAUGAGGCAAAGUCGCCUGCAGCCAAAUCCCCAGCAGGAGAUGAGGCAAAGUCGCCUGCACCUAAGUCGCCUGUGUCAAAAUCUCCACCAAGCAAAUCCCCUGGAUCCAAAUCUCCUCCUCCCAAGAGCCCAGAACCAAAGUCUCCAGAGAAAGAGAAGGUCAAGCCCGUUGCUGCCAAAGACAUCCCUAAAGAGGAGAAAAAAGAGGAGAAGCCUCAGCCAGUCAAGGAGGAUAAGAAGGAGAAAGAACAGCCUGUGAAGGAAGAGAAGAAGCAGGAGCCCAAGGAGAAAGAGCCUGAGGGCAAAGCAGAGAAGACAGACAAACCUGAUACAAAGAAAGAGAGCAAAGAAGAGGAAGCACCAAAGAAGGAUGAUGCUUCAAAACCUGCCGCUCCCAGCAAAUCCGCAGAGGACAAACCUUCCCCAAAGUCUGAGGCUAAAGAGAGCACCCCGCCUGCUAAGGAGGAGAAGCCCUCAGCUCCGAAAUCAGAGAAGACCGAGCCUGAGGCAAAGCCCAGCCCUAAAGCAGAGCCUGAGAAAACAGAGGGCAAGAAAGAGGAGAAGAAGCCCGAGGAGAAGCCUGCACCUAAAGCCGAGCCUGAAAAAACCGAGAGCAAGAAAGUAGAGAAGAAGCCCGAGGAGAAAAAAGAGGCUAGUAAAGAAGAGAGCAAGCUGAAGGAAGGAGGGAGCGCAGAGAAAUCCUCUGGCACUGAGUCAAAGGAGAGCAAGGAGGAGAAGGCCAAGAAGUGAGACUGAAAUGCUGUGAUUGAUGGAGAGGGUAGUGGAGAUGCCAAAUCACUAUGAGAGAGGGCGGGGCAGAGAGGCACUGCAGUGUCCAAAACAAAGCAGGUCACGUUAUGUAAGCAAUAGUGCUUUCUGUAGCAAAUAACCCCCUAUGUAUGGCCAUUACACCCCCCUGAUGCUCCUGAUGUCUGACUGUAGUGAAUGCAGAAUGCUUUAAACCGACUGUGACAACUGCCCUUAAUGAAUAACAAGUGCAUUUAAAACUGAAUCCCGCUGACGCGGACCGCAGGGGCCUGCUGUACCUACAGAAGCCUUCAAGGGUAGAGAUGUCAAAACAAUGUCGAGUUCAAGAUUGUGACAGAUGUUGAAUAUCUAUAUAUAUAUAUAUCAAAAAAAUGUAUAUUUAAGGAGAUACAAAUGUCUAUAUUAUAUUUACACACACACACACACACAUCAGUAAGAAAGACUUGAAUUUUUGCUUGUUGUGCACCUUAACGCAGCUUCUCCCGACAGGUGGACUGCAGCCUCUCACUCCUCUGGUCUGUAAAACACUAGGACAAUGAUGACUGUGCUAUGUAUAAACUGCUGAGAAUAUGCAAUAUGAAACAGUAAAUAAAGAAUGAAAAAUCCAACACAA